AUGCCGAACACACCCGGCCAGGAAGAGGUCCAUUCCUUCAGGGAUUGGGCUUCUAAUCCUCACACGCCCACACGAGGCAGUCCCAUGCCCAACGAAACCGGGAAUCACUUCUACCAACACCACGAGCACCGACCAGAUAGCGGGCAGACUGCUUACGAGAAUACCCAAUAUGACGCCGGAUACGGUGAUGGACUCGCCACAUCAUACAGCAUCUACGACGUUUCUCCGCACCCGGAUGCCUCAGUUGUCCCUCCUGAUUUGAUCUAUCAGCGGCAUGAUGAUGAGACCAAACUCCUACAGGAAAAUCAAUGGCAACAGCAGGCCAAAGGGCCUGGGUUCCCCUCCUGUCAUCAGGAGUUCAACAGCGCGACAGUCCCGACAAAGGCCCUCCAGUUGCGCCUGCUGGCCAUGGCGAUGGAGGAAAUCAUGGAACAUGUACCUAUGCCUACUCUUCGGCGUUGCAUCCACGAACCAAAUCAAGAUGAUGCGCUAUGGAACGAUGUUAGCCUUUGGAGCGAAAGCAGGCCUAAGCGCCGCGGUUAUCGUGGCUUUCAGGCAGCGGGUAUGGACAACGGUUCGGAAACGGUUCAUGACUGUCGGCGCCUUGGAUGCCUUGUUCUCGGCUACGGAGGACUUACAGGCUGUGACGAGUUGGGAGAUGGUUCAAAGCGCAAAAGUGGCGGCGUUGCUAGCGGCAUAUGUCUGGCUGGCACCACUCGUGAGGUGCGGACGCUGAAUCUCACAUUCGAAGAGACCUACGAGUGGCGGCAACCUCCAAAGAUUGACCGGCUAUUUGAGAUCCCCCUGUCUCUAUGGAAUACCACCAAGGAACCAGAGAAUGACACUCCCGGAUGGUUCGACUACUACACCGCACCCAACCCGAGUUUCCAGAAUACAGCCACUAUUGGCUCCUUUCUCGAAGAGGCUGUCAUGAGAAGGAACGCACCUAUCGAAACCUGCGGGACUGGUUGGAACUGCUCUUUCGAGAUCCAAUUCAUUGCCCCAGCCUACAAGUGUAUCGAAUUGGGCAAUGGGGUUGAUUCCAUUGUCAACAACCUAACUCAAGAGUCCGGAAGUAUUGCGCCGCCCUUCAACAUGGACGUCCUCCUCCCCAGGGGCAAAUUCACCUACUACGCCUUCACCAGCGGCGGCGAAUACUCCACCACGCAAAUGAAAGAAGUCGGCAUCGGCGGCCGACCAACAAUGAACCCCCCCUUUCCCAAACACCUCGGCGCCUUUCGCACCGAGCCCAUCAUCUGGCUCGGCUACGUCACCCUCGCCGACGCGCUGGCCAAGGCCAACGACACCAGGGGCAACCUUCCUUCAGUGCCCUCCAACCCCUCCGACCCAGCCUGGAACACGUCCUUCGUCCCGCACAUCUUCGCCUGCGAGAACUACGAAUCCAACUACACGGUGCGUAUCAACUACACCGGCGCCGCCCAAACCACCACCGUGACCAACGUGACCUACCUCCGCCCCGUCAUCAACACGACUUACACCCCGCACAUUGACGCCAACGACGGCACCGCCGACAACGUCACCGCUACGCCCACCGAUAACUACAUCCUCCCCACUUCGAUCCCGCAAUACCGGCGCACAGCCGCCUACCAUUCUUUGGGGUUCAUGCUCCGCGACCAGAUCAACGGCACGGUGGGAAUCGGCGACGACCGCGACCUCGUCAACCCCAUCGCCAACACCAAGGCCAUCCAGACGUCGCGCCUCCUCGAUUUCGGAAACAACUAUUUCCCGUACCCGGACAUCCAACAGCGGAUCCAAAAGUUUUACGAGGACAUCAUCCUUUCGGUAUUGGGACAUCCCCAGUUUGCCAGCGUGGUCUGGGCGGCGAAGCCCGGGGAACAGUCAGGCGUGACGUUUAAUGCGCCAGACGCAAACCAGCCGUCGCUGUUGACAGACCAGCAGAGAGCUUAUUUGUACCCUUGCACCAAGUUUCGCAUGGCGCUCGUGUACAAGUUCAAUGCAAGGUUGUUGUGGAUCGUGUAUAGCAUCUCGAUUGCCCUGGCGGUGAUGGGGGUGGCGGUGGGGGCGCUGGCGCUGAGGGAGAAUGGACGGGUGGUGAGAGAUACCAAGUUUUCGAGCAUCGUGGCGGCGACGAGGGGGAGCGGGUUGGGGAGGGUAAGGUGGACUGAUAGUACUGAUGGCGGUGCUUCGGGCGGGGGUGAUACAGUGCCGGAGGAGGUUAAGGGGUGGAGGAUGGGGUAUGGGGUUGUUGAUGCUGGAGCUGGUGAUGGUCGGCUGGAGGUGGUAGACGGAGCGGGAGGGGGACGGACGGUGUAUGGGUUUGGGUUUGAAGGGGAUGUGAGGCAGUUGAGGAGGACGCCGAGUUUAGUACAGUUGACGACGUUGGGGAAGUAGGCUUGAUAGGUACGCAAGUGUUUCCAGUACCGUUUCUAG